CAGAGACUUACAUGAGCAGUGACACUGUCACCUUCCAUGCGAUCAUGCUUACAUUUGAAUGAGUAAAUGUAAAAGAGUUCAACUUACAUGUUACAUGCAUUGUGCCUUCAGUAUGUUACCUUUAGGUUAACAAUCCGAAGUCAUUUAAUUUAAUGCACAUGGUUGUGCGAAGGUAUUCUACCUCAUGGUGAAAGUUGGCAGAUCAGUUCAGCUGAUCAGGAAUCUCGUGUACUCGCGACAAUGUUGUUUUCCAGCAGCGGUACAGUGAGAGCCGCCGUCCAGUACGUUACUCGGUCUCACUGGAGUCCAGGGUCUGUGUGGUGUUCAUGCAGGAGUGUGUCUGUGAAAACAGGGGGAUGGAAAACCAAGAAAGUUCCUCAGAGAUACCUGGGACAGCCAAGCCCGUACACACACCCUCACCUCAUCAAACAUGGUGAGGUGACGCCAGGUCUCACCCAGACAGAGUUUGAGUUCCGCCGGCAGCGCUUGGCGUCUCUGAUCGAGAUGCAGGCAGAACGACUAACAGGUUCUGGAGCCUCUUCAGACUCCUCUCACAUUGUCAUCGUCCUAUCGCAUCCCAUUCGCUACAUGACCAAUGACAUCCCUUACCCGUUCCACCAGAACCAGGACUUCCUGUACCUGACAGGAAUUAUGGAGCCGGACAGCGCACUGGUGAUGUACGGAUCGGGUAAGCCGGACCAGGCUGUGUUGUUUGUGCCACGGCGAGACCCAGCCCGAGAGCUUUGGGAUGGGCCUCGUUCGGGGAAAGACGGAGCAGCUGCUUUAACAGGUCUAGAGCGGGUUCAUAGCACAGAGGAACUGGGCAUAUUGCUAAAAAGCAUAAAAGGAGGAACUAUAUGGUACGACAGCUCUCAGCCUUGCCAUCCACAGUUACACCAAACUCAUGUGCGCCCCCUAUUAGAAGGAGGACAGCUGACGAAGUCUCUCCGACCUCUUACUCAUUCCCUCAGAGCCAUUAAGAGCCCAGCAGAGGUUGCUCUGAUGAAUGAGGCAGGACGGAUCACUGCCCAGGCAUUUAAGAAGACGAUGGCCAUGUCAAGAGGAGACAUUGAUGAGGCUGUUCUCUAUGCAAAGUUUGAUUUUGAAUGCCGUGCUCAUGGCGCAAACUUCCUGGCAUAUCCGCCUGUGGUUGCUGGUGGAAACCGAGCCAACACACUUCAUUACAUCAACAACAAUCAAAUAGUGAAGGAUGGAGAAAUGGUCUUGUUGGAUGGGGGCUGUGAAUAUUUCGGUUAUGUGAGCGACAUCACACGCACUUGGCCGGUGAAUGGAAAGUUCAGUCCUGCUCAGAGAGAGCUGUAUGAGGCCGUGCUGGAGGUGCAGUUGGCCUGUCUGUCUCAGUGCAAUCCUGGCGUCAGUCUGGACUAUAUUUACUCCACCAUGCUCGCACUGUUGGCCCAGCAGCUCAAAGAGCUCGGGAUCGUCCCACAAAGCACCAGUGAUACAGACACACUGAAGGCUGCUCGGCAGUUUUGCCCCCAUCACGUGGGUCACUACCUGGGCAUGGACGUUCAUGACACCCCUGAGCUGUCCCGUUCACAACCGCUGCAGCCUGGCAUGGUGAUCACAAUAGAGCCAGGACUGUACAUCAGCGAGGAUGACAGCUCAUGUCCAGAGCGAUUCCGUGGUCUUGGAGUGCGAAUCGAAGAUGACGUGGUGAUCCGAGACCAUGAGGGACCCCUCAUCCUGUCUGCACACACCCCAAAAACCAUCGCUGAGGUGGAGAGAGCUUGCGCACAAGGAGAGGACUGAAAGGAAAGAGUAAAAGAUAGCAAAUCCUUCCAGAAUGAGUCUGUUUCUCUCAUCUUUUGUAAGGUUUUCGUUAAUACCAAACUCAGGAGGUCUGGAUCUCACAGAACUUGCUCCAGUUACAUAUUGAAUCUGAUGAAUUAAAGGGAUAGUUCACCCCAAAAUGAAAAUUCUGUCAUCAUUUACUCCCCCUCAAAUUGUUACAAACCUGUAUGAAUUUCUUUGUUCUGCUGAACACAAAGGAAGAUAUUUGGAAGAAUGUUUGUAACCAAGCAGAUCUCGCCCCCCAUCUGCUUGGUUACAAACAUUCUUCCAAAUAUCUUCCUUUGUGUUCAGCAGAACAAAGAAAUUUGAGGGGGAGUAAAUGAUGACAGAAUUUUCAUUUUUGGGUGAACUAUCCCUUUAAGAGCCGGAUGUGUCUGGACAGCGUGCAACGUCUCCCUGAUAGCCAGUUCACUCCUACGCUAGCUAAUUGGUUCUGAUGGGUCGUGUUCUGUAUUUGCACACCUAUGUUCUAGGAUGAGGGUUUAUAGGAGAAUUUAAAUGAGGUCAGAUGGAGAAACAAACAGAUGACUGUGAUUUAAUGAGCAUGGUAAACCAUUUAUGUUUGUGAGACAACUGAUCUGUUUCAAUGUGAGAUUCUUUACUUGUGAUUGAGUAUGACUUGAGUAUGUUUGCCUGCUGAGGUUUUUAUUGUCAUAAAUGUGUUUUUUUUUACUGUUGUUAAAAUAAAUUUCUAGUUCUUGAUUGUU